AUGAGUACUCCUCCGACCCAGAACAUGAACGGCAAACCCAAGAGGAAGCCGAAUCCUCUGCGCCCAAUGCGCCCGAGGCCUCGUCAGGUCCCUUCUGCGGCUGCCAACCGACCAGACCAGAAGUCCUCAUCAGCCUCAGCGGCUGCUGGGCCAUCGCGAUCGAACGCGGCGAAUGGAGGCAAGCAGAGCCUCGAUGAACUGCGCAAACAAUAUGGUGGUUGGUCAGAGCCGCCGCCACCGUAUAAAUAUACCGACAUCCCAAUUAUGACAACGAAGAAGGCACUGCUUGAUGGCAUUCGCUAUCAUCUCAUGAAGCUAUCUUCAACCAAAGCCGACGGGGGACCUAUCGAUCCGACCGACCAGGAAGAGUUUGCCAGACCCGUUACUCUGCAUCGGCGAGAUGCUCGCUUGCCACCCCCCGGCAGAACAGUCAAGGAGGAAGCUCCCCAGCGCCUCCCCGUGGAUGAGCAAGAACGAGAGAGACUAGUACAGAUCAAGGCAGACAAGGAGGUGCAGCGCGCCAUCAACCAAGCCAAGAUUGCGCCUGUCGCCAAAGAAGUCGUGCCCAAAAAGCCAAAGAAGCAAAAGGAAGAGCGGACAGUGUUCAACAGAGGGCCCCGUACCGUUGCAGCCAAAAAAGAAUCCGAUUUGCGUUAUGAAGAAGCCUUGCCAUGGCAUCUCGAGGACGUGGACGGCAAAAACGUCUGGGUUGGUUCGUACGUUGCUGCUCUCUCAGAAUCCAACGUUGCAUUUGUCAUCGAUCAGUCCGUCUUCCGCAUGAUACCUCUGGAGAAGUGGUAUCGCUUCACAUCAAAGCCGCAAUUCCAAGCUUUUACCAUUGACCAGGCUGAAGAGUACAUGAACAGAAAGAUUGACGUUGGUCGCUGGGUAAUGAAGGAUGAAGAGAAGAAGUCUGGUCAAGAGGAUUUGCAAGCUACGCGACGAAUGCUAUAUGGGUCGGGUAUGAUCAAGACUGAGAGCGAUACCUUUAAAGCGGCAUCCCGUGCAGAAAAGAUGGAGCAUGAUGAGAUCGACAUGUCUGGAGACGAGUUCCAGGAUGACGAUGAAGCGCCCAUGUUUGAACGCAAUGAUGACGACGAUACGAAAGAUUCCAAGGACAGAAUCCGCCGCGAACAGCUCGGUGCCAACCUGUUUGGCGAUGGUGAUGAAGGCCAGGUCGACCAAGAGCUCCAGCAGCAGCUGAAAGAGGAACUUGAACGCCAAAAAUUUGGCAAAGCCACUCGUAAGGCUCUCAUUAAAAGAGAUCGCGAAGAUAUCUACGAGAGUGACAAAUCUGAAGACAACCCUUGGAGCAGCUCCGUGAGGAUACCCCACCAAUUGCUAUCAUAUUAUCAAUAUACUGACGUGAUGCAGUCUGAUGAAGAGUCUUCGGACGAAGAGAAUGAAGAGAAGAAGGAAGAUGAAAAAAAAGACGGUGAAAAGAAGGACGAGAAGGACAAGGACGACAAAGAUGAAAAGAAUAAGAUAAAGGCCGCAAGCGCACAAGGUAAACAUAAGCCUGCGGACAAAAAGAGCAAGUCCCUGAAGCGUGCAGGGUCUCCGGCGCUAUCCGAAUCUAGUGGGAACGAAUCGUCGCGCAAGAAGAUGAAGAAGACUGCAGUAACGGCACCUGGUAGUCGCGCUGGAACGCCAAUUCCUGGUGCUGUCCGCAAGAAGAAGCUGGGUGCUGGAUCUACUAGUGAUGGCGAAGCUACAGCGGGCGAAAUGUCAGACGGUGCUGGACCCAGAAAGAAGAUCAAACUUGUUGCAAGCGCCAAGGGAACACCGUCCGCAUCUCGGGCCGGCAGCCCUGUCCCAGCCGGUGCAUCACCGCCACCCUCAUCUGCAGGGAUCGAACCAUGGGAGAUUCUGGAAAAGAUUCCCGACGGCGGCAUCAGCAUUGUGGAGCUUAUCAAGCCCUUUCAGUCGCGCGUCGGCACCAAGCCCGGCCAGAUGGCCAAGGGUGACUGGAUCAAGCUCGUCACUCGACUGUGCGAAUACGGACCCGAAAAGCUACUGCGCAAGCGCAAAUAG